AAGUCCUCUGCAUUUUCCUCCUGUUCUCACACGUAUCACGAACAGUUUUCCUCUCCCUCAACCUUCCUACUUUGGACAGCCAUGGCUAGACCUCAACAAAGAUACCGCGGUGUUCGUCAAAGACAUUGGGGCUCCUGGGUCUCCGAAAUCCGCCACCCUACCCUGAAGACAAGAAUAUGGCUAGGCACGUUCGAGACAGCCGAGGAUGCAGCAAGAGCAUACGACGAGGCAGCAAGGCUCAUGUGCGGAUCAAAAGCUCGCACAAAUUUCCCAUACGAUCCCAUCAACUCUUCUUCUUCUUCUUCCUCUAAGCUUCUCUCUGCAACUUUAGCAGCCAAGCUACAUAAAUGUCACAUGGCGUCUCUUCAAGUCCCCAACAAAAAGUCUCAUCAUGAACCACGCUACACCCGGUUCGCCAACAAUGGCGGCAUGGCCGGGAAGAGCAGUGAAAAGGGUAACGGUAGGGAGGAAAGUCAGAGCAAUAGUCAAGUACAGUUGAAGGAACUUGAAGAAGAUCAUGUUCAGCAGAUGAUUGAGGAGCUUCUUGAUUAUGGGUCUAUGGAGCUUUGUUAUGUUACUUCUACAUAGAGAUAUAUAUAUAUACAUACUCAUUUUUGGGAUUUAUUAUGAGAAAUUUCAGCUCUUUAUCUUCUCUCUUGUCUUAUCUAGUAUUAUUAUUUAGCUAUCCCUGUCUUUCUUGUGUAAGCUUAGGAAUCAAUUAGCAACAUGAGAGAUUAAUGUAUAUGUAUAUGCGUACGUAGCCUAUAUAUGGCAAAUGAAGAUAUAUCAU